GCCGUUAAUUUCAAUGUCAGACAUAUCUGAAUCUGAUCUCACACUCCACUUUCAAAAUAAUAAUCAAACACUAAAAAAAAAAAUACAGAACACAUUAGGUUAGGUGGCCACGUUUGUUUGUUCAUCAUUCUCCCUCUUACGUUUUAACCUCACUGACCUAACCUCUGUGUUCUCAUCAAUGGCGACUCUCUGCUUCCACUCUCCCUCCAAACCCAUCUCCUAUUUCCCCCCCAAAUCGAAACCAUCGCCUCCUCCCCUCUCCACCAAACCCUCCUUCUUCUUCCGAUGCAGAGCCUCCGUCCAAACCCUCGUCGCCGUCGAACCGGAGCCCGUUUUCACCUCCGUCAAAACCUUCGCCCCGGCCACCGUCGCCAACCUAGGACCGGGCUUCGAUUUCCUAGGAUGCGCCGUCGACGGCCUCGGCGACCACGUGACUCUCCGCGUCGACCCCUCCGUCCGCGCCGGCGAGGUCUCCAUCUCCGAGAUCACCGGAACAACGACCAAACUCAGCUCGAACCCUCUCCGGAACUGCGCCGGGAUCGCCGCCAUCGCCACGAUGAAGAUGCUGGGGAUCAGAUCGGUCGGGCUGUCUCUGGAUCUGCACAAGGGUCUUCCUUUAGGGAGCGGUCUUGGUUCCAGCGCGGCGAGCGCCGCGGCGGCGGCCGUGGCGGUCAACGAGAUCUUUGGCCGGAAGCUAGGGAAGGAGGCGUUGGUUUUAGCCGGUUUGGAGUCGGAGGCGAAAGUCUCCGGUUAUCACGCCGAUAACAUCGCCCCGGCGAUCAUGGGCGGUUUUGUUCUGAUAAGGAGCUACGAGCCGCUUGAUCUGAAGCAGCUGAGGUUCCCGGAGGAUAAAGAGCUCUUCUUCGUCCUGGUGAGCCCCGAGUUCGAAGCUCCGACCAAGAAGAUGAGAGCUGCUUUGCCUACGGAGAUUCCCAUGGUUCACCACGUGUGGAACAGUAGCCAGGCGGCUGCUCUGGUGGCGGCGGUGCUGGAGGGAGACGCGGCGAUGCUCGGGAAGGCUCUGUCGUCGGAUAAAGUGGUGGAGCCGACGAGGGCUCCGUUGAUUCCCGGGAUGGAGGCGGUGAAGAAGGCGGCUUUGGAAGCUGGGGCGUUUGGGUGUACGAUCAGUGGGGCUGGACCGACGGCGGUGGCGGUGAUUGAUGCGGCGGAGAAAGGGGAGGAGAUCGGGGAGAGGAUGGUGGAAGCGUUUAUGAGAGGUGGAAACUUGAAGUCUGUUGCGUCUGUGAAGAAGCUUGAUAAGGUUGGUGCUAGGCUUGUCAGUAGCAUCUCCAGGUGAUUUGCUGAUGUUUUGAAAAAAAUUAUGAGAUUUGGAGUAGUUCUUCCUUCCUCUGUAUAAGUUGUUGCAGAUGGAUAAUAAAAGAUUCCAAACUUUGAACUUUGUAUCCCACAAAGAUCUAUGAGACACUGUUCUCUGACACAUUGAUUAGAUAGGUCAUUGUGGGCUUGAUGGGACGUUUGAUACGGUGUUCAGUGGUGUAGGAGUCUGUGAUUUCAAAUAAAACUGUUGUAGCUCUCCUGUGUUUCGAAUGAAUUGGUGAUCUGUGAGUUUAGUUAA